CCCAACGCUUGUGCCGAAAAUCCCCAACCAACCUAAUCUCGCGGAAUUCCCCGAUUAAACUGUUUCGCAACCUCGCCUAUCCCCCUCCCCCGAUCUCGAUCGAGCCCUCGCCUCCCAUCGUCGGCGAUGACGAUCGAUCCGUACGAUCAGUUGUUCGCCGCCGACGAGGGCCUCGACCGCUCCCGCGUCCCAGAUCCGUUGGAGGAGCUCUUCGCGGAGGACGAGCCCCUCGCCCGGCUGUACAUCGACGACUGCUUCCAGCCCACCGGGGACAGCAGUCCGUCCCCACCUACGUCUCCUCGUGCGCCUCCGCCUCCGCCUGCGGACGCGCCGGCUCCUGUCGGGUUCGUCAACGACGACGUCGGGCGCAUCGCCUGCCCGCGCGCAUCACGGGGCACCGAUGCGGGCAGGCGGUGGUUCCCGAUCUCGCAGGCUCCCGCCGGCUCCCCUCGCCGCAUGUCAAGGCCGGCCUCGGUGUUCACCGACUCGGAUCCAACACGGGGGCGUAACGAGCUGGCCCCACCCAGCCCGCCCCGAGACGCCCUGCCGCUCCACCUCGCUUCUCUCCUUCCUCCGGGCUGGGGUCGCCCGGGCUGCGGCAGGUGCACAACUACAGCGCCAACUGAAGUACAGCCUGGGUGCCUAGUUCGCGACGAGGGUCCCUUACAGCACGAGAGUUCGGAGCACUACGUUUGGCGAAGGUUCUGCGACGUGUCAGUUGAGUUCGAGCGCCUUUGGUCAAUCUACUGUAGCGACCAGACCUCAAAUGUUCUGUGCUGCUGUGCACCAGUGUCAUCCCUGGAUCAGUAAUGCUGACACGCACAGUACAAAUGGAGGAUUUAUAACAGACUAGCAAUCACACGCUUAUUACAUCGAAUAUCUCCAAAGAGAUUAAGUAUGAUAAACAUGGCUUAAGGCCAUCUAAAAUGAUAACAGCGGAAGACUUGGAA